UCGCGUAUUGAGAUAAAAGAUACAACGAAAAUAGAAUUGCUGAAGAAUAAUAAAAUCUGGUAUUCGUGUACAAAAUACAUAGGAUGAUUUAUAUACGCGGUCUAAUAUGAAUUGAAUCAUAUGAAAAUGUAGAGCUGAGGAGACGAACCAAAAAUGCAAUUUUUUAAUAGUCAAUCAUCCUUUUUUGACCAGAGGAAUUGUUCUCGUUUCAUCCAGUUGUGCGCAGUGUGGUGGAUUUCCAACUGUUGCUGCGCUUAAACACGGUGAGGAAAACCGAAUCAUAAAUUCAUCCCCAUUGCUAACUCUAGUGCGCUACCAAUUUUCUGUUCAAGACGAAGCUUAACGAUCAUUAGUCCGAAGUAUGAGCUAAAUGUGAAAAUAAUUCGGCCUCUAGGGAAGAUGUCGAUGGGCAUAUGCAAUGUAUUGCAAACAUACUGGUCGUUGUAAAUUGAAGUGUUGCGUUAAUGAGAUUUUUGUUUUAAAAUGCGAGUUUUUUGUUCCAGUUGCAAGUGUAUCUGUCAUGUAAGUGUAACAAAUUUCUGUUAAGUAUGAUUGUAUUUAAAAAACUGGCGGUAGCUUUCAUGCGCUUACAACAUUUAACUGAAUACGCCUCAUUUUUGUAACCCUUUUUAACGUCAAUUUCAUUCUGAUAUUUCGCUAGUUACAGGAAUAAGAUUAUAUUUUACGCGACUGGUGUUGAUAAGUUUGGUAAAAUCUUUGGAAAAUACUUUAGUUUUACUUAUUAUUUUGUAACAUGCUACGAAGAUCCUAAUUUAAUUUGUGUUGAUUUCUCAUUUAGGACAUCGAAAUUUUAUUUCAUAUCAUUUUAUAAAAAGUCAGUCUGCCAUUAGUGGGCAAAAAGAAGGGGAUAGGUAAUCUUUACAGAUUGCGUGCAUAUAUAAGUCUUAUGAAUAUAUAAUUUAAAAGUUUUACUGUGAACGUAAUCUUUGUAUCUGAUAAAAUAUGAGAUAACCAAUUCAGUCUCAAUUUCCUACGACUGAAAAAGGUUGCAGUUUCCUCUCAUAUUUCCAUCCAUAUUUAUGAUUUCAAAUCCCUCACUGUAUUGCGAAAAACUAGUAUGGUAUCGUGAGGUUUUUGGCUUAGAUAUAGUAGUUGAUGUCUAAUAUUAUAUACACGACUAGACAGGCUGAAUGCCAGUUGUAAAAAGUAUUUAAAUUUUUAGUUAAUAAAGCGUUGAUCACCACUUAUGAAAAACAGAUAACGGAUACUUCUAAAGAUAUAAAUACUCCUAAAAUUAAGUUGUUCUAGUUUGUAAAUCUGUACUUCAGGAAUUAAUUAAAUACAUUUUCGUUUACAUGUCAUAAAUAUUUUUAGAUUUAGACCCCCGAACAGGAGGACCACGCUCAGAAGUCUUAUAAUUCUCGGUCUACUUACAAAUAAUACAAAACUAACUUAGAAACUGAAGACUGAGGCAGAUUAUGGCAGUGAUUAUUAUUAUAGCCUGAAAUAAUAUCCUCUUCCUGUUUUUUAGUAUGAUCUUAAUUCUUAAUCCUUUUUUUCUCGAGUAUAUAAGUUUUCAUUUUGCAUGAGUAUAGCAUAAUGUGUGUAACUGACAGAUAGUAGGCUACAUUUUAAUUAGUUCAACAGCAGCGUUCAUUAAAAAAGAACAUGGAUUUCUUUGUGAUAAACAAGGAUAACAAGAAAAUCAAGCUUCCCGAUGAUGCAUUGGCCGAUUGUCUGAAAACUGAAAAUCUUUCGGACAGAAUCUAUAGACUUUAUAAAAUCUGCCCGGCUGAGAACAAAGGUUGGAACAUGGAGUUGGUCAAAAGUAUCACUGAUCGGGGUUGGACGCUUCCAGACGAAUACACACAAGAUCGUGCUUUGUAUGCGAUAAAAUUUAGAUCCGGCGAAAAGAAAGAGGAAGAAGUCGUCACUUCACCUAAAGUAAUGGAUGCCGUGGUAAACGGUACAGAUGAUGUAACAUUUGCCGUACAUCUUCUCUAAAAUGACUUUGUUAAAUUGUAUUUUUUUUUUGUGAAAUACUGCUAGAAAAAUCUGUUUUAUAUAACUUAAAAUAGAUGGCAUUCCUUAUAAUUUUACAUUGCGCUUUAAGCUAAAUUACAUUUGUUUUCAACAAGAAUGGUUUAAUGGUUGUGGUAUAUUUUACGACUGUUAUUAGGAGAUAAAAUGAUUGUAAGAUUGUCCGUUGAAAAUCAAAUACACAGAAUGUAUAGAUAUUAAGCAAACUGAGACAAUUUUAAGAUUUAAAAAAAAAAUAAUGCAAUGUUAGGUUGAUUAUUGCUCGAACGUGACUUCAAACUUUAUUAUGAAAUAUUUAAAACCUCAAACGGUAACGAGACUGUAGUGUUACACAAGGAGCCAUUUUAUGUCCAUCAAACCUUUUCUUUUUAAUCUUUCAAAGUUAUUCUUCUGAAUCGAAGUUGAAAGUUUGCAAAUUUCCGAGUUCGAUUGCAACUCUUUACAAAACAACGAAAAAUAUUUUAUUUGUAUGAUAUCAAUUCAUUGCUAAAGUUUUAAAAUGUAUCAUUCAUUUUGCUUUUUCAUCUGCUUGGAACGACUUUUUAGUUCAGUUAUUCUCACCACAGACCUAAAGGCUGUCGUAAACAUGUAACUCCGUUUGCUAAGUUUGGAUAUUUAAAUUAUGCCAGUACUUCGAAAGGAGACCAUAAUUUGUCAAUUUAUUUUUUCUUUUCGCAACAUAAUUAAUGGUCUCAUGUUAAAUAUUGCAAAUGAAUUCACGUUAUAAUCCAAUCAUGACAUUGCUUUUGAACGGGCUUCGUUCUUGUCUAUUAGGAGAGGCCUUGUAUGUAUAAUGAUAUAGGGUGCAUUAGCUCGAAUAAAAGAAAAUUUUAUAAAAGUAUUUAUAAAUAAAGUAAAUCAGAAUAUAUGUAUUACUUAAGAUUUACAUAACAUGUAACGAGGAACUAAUGUAUUUUACACUUUCUUUACUUCUUCGUUGCUAUUCUCUUUCGUCUUGGGCAUUCGAUCGAAUGCUUCCAUGACACAUUGGUUUCUGAAUUAUUCUUUGACUCCAGUAGUCAAUUUUUAAUAUAUCCACGAUCAAGUAUGAACACACGGUUUUCAUUAAGAGUGUUCUUGGUAAAUAUAGACAUGGCACAAGUCUGAGAAUAAUCUUAAUGAUUGUGCAAGUAGGAGAGGAUUGAAUCAUCGGCACUGUUUUUCCGGAAUAAUAAAAGUAGCAAAGUGGGCAGAAGAUCGUUUAUACAAACGUUUAUAACAUAAAUAUUGAAGGAUUACGAUUGGCCAACUGGAAAUGAAAUACACCAACCGAGAACUUUGAGCAGUGUAGAGUAUGAGUAUAGAACCACCUCCUCUGAAGUGACAAAAAAAUCUUAGAUCAAGCUAUUGCCUGAUCCGGUAUUCUGGUUCUCAUUCUUCUUAAAAGAAAUAUAAAUCAAAACUUAGGCGAUUUGUUAUUUUGCAUUCAAGUAAAGUUUAUCAUGUCUAACCCUUACGAAGCUACACAAGGUCUGGAACAGGCGUCUCAGAAGCAUGAAAAAGAAAUUGUCAACUCUUUACAAAACAACGAAAAAUAUUUUAUUUGUAUGAUAUCAAUUCAUUGCUAAAGUUUUAAAAUGUAUCAUUCAUUUUGCCUUUUCAUCUGCUUGGAACGACUUUUUAGUUUAGUUAUUCUCACCACAGACUAAAAGUCUGUCGUAAACAUGUAACUCCGUUUGCUAAGUUUGGAUAUUUAAAUUAUGCCAGUACUUCGAAAGGAGACCAUUAUUUGUCAAUUUAUUUUUUCUUUUCGCAACAUAAUUAAUGGUCUCAUGUUAAAUAUUGCAAAUGAAUUCACGUUAUAAUCCAAUCAUGACAUUGCUUUUUAAUGGGCUUCGUUCUUGUCUAUCAGGAGAGGGCCUCGUAUGUAUAAUGAUAUAGGGUGCAUGAGCUCGAAUAGAAGAAAAUUUUAUAAAAGUAUUUAAAAAUAAAGUAAAUCAGAAAUCUUGUAUGAGGUUAAAGAAUAUAUGUAUUACUUAAGAUCUACAUAACAUGUAACGAGGAACUAAUGUAUUUUACACUUUCUUUACUUCUUCGUUGCUAUUCUCUUUCGUCUUGGGCAUUCGAUCGAAUGCUUCCAUGACACAUUGGUUUCUGAAUUAUUCAUUGACUCCAGUAGUCAAUUUUUAAUAUAUCCACGAUCAAGUAUGAACACACGGUUUUCAUUAAGAGUGUUCUUGGUAAAUAUAGACAUGGCACAAGUCUGGGAAUAAUCUUAAUGAUUGUGCAAGUAGGAGAGGAUUGAAUCAUCGGCACUGUAUUUCCGGAAUAAUAAAAGUAGCAAAGUGGGCAGAAGAUCGUUUAUACAAACGUUUAUAACAUAAAUAUUGAAGGAUUACGAUUGGCCAACUGGAAAUGAAAUACACCAACCGAGAACUUUGAGCAGUGUAGAGUAUGAGUAUAGAACCACCUCCUCUGAAGUGACAAAAAAAUCUUAGAUCAAGCUAUUGCCUGAUCCGGUAUUCUGGUUCUCAUUCUUCUUAAAAGAAAUAUAAAUCGAAACUUAGGCGAUUUGUUAUUUUGCAUUCAAGUAAAGUUUAUCAUGUCUAACCCUUACGAAGCUUCAAAAGGUCUGGAACAGGCGUCUCAGAAGCAUGAAAAAGAAAUUGUCAUCGAACUUGGAUCAGAUCGAAUACUGCAUUAUAUUGGAGUUUAUGUAGUUAUACUACUGGCCAUACUUUCAAAGCUUUCGGAAGUCGUAGGCGAUAAACUUUCGUGUUACCCAGCGUCAAACAUAACAGUUGAUGUCAGUUUCAUUGCUUAUGCGAAGAGUUUCUGUUGGGAGUCAUUCGCUGUUUCUUCGACUAAUGAAAUGAAUACUCCGAGCAUUGUAACCAGUUGUAAUUUACAACAUAACGAUCUUAAUGAGAAAAAUUUGCUCCAAAAUCCGGCAUUUUUUAAAUCAUUCUUGCAAUGGAUGCCCUAUGGAAUGUUAUUUGAGGCUUUUCUAUUUGCUCUUCCAUCUGUGUGGUGGCAUUUUCGAGUUGGUGCAAGAUUAAUGGGUCAUUUAAAGUUUAUGAAACUUUUGCUUGAUGACAUUUAUAAUGCAGUGAAACCGAAAGAAAGAGGAGUGUAUCAAAAAGAUUCCGCAUAUGACUCUGAUAGUUAUUUUCUUGAUGGUUGGGUGAAGUAUAGACCUGAAUACAAACGUGCCGAGCUAAAACGUUCUGCUGAACCUGUUAAAAGUGCAACCAGCGUUCAAGAAAGUCACAAUAUACCUCACACGAAGGUUGAAAACGACAACGAUGAAAAGCCCGCCGACGGUGACACGCCUGUCGACGCCGACGCACAAACUGACAAACGAGAUAAAAAUGAUGUUUCGAACAAUUCAAACAACAAUUGUGUUAUUCCUAUAAACUCGGAUAACGAGGUGAAACAGCAACAAGGUAUCAUGAGGAAAUUAAUCUUAGGCGAAAUGCUGGACCGGCACUUGUUCUCAAUGCUAUGCUUUGAAAAUUUCUCUUCACUCGAACAACUUCCCUACAUUUUAUCCGUGUAUAAAGUCACAGAGACAACUCCAGAAGAUUCUAGUAAAGGACAUAUUGGCUCGAAAACGAAAUGCAUCUUACGCCUCGUGUGUAACAACAGAAAUUUCAACGGAAUAUUUCUUGUUCGUUCUUAUUUGAUGAAACAUGCUUUUGGAUUUUUGGUUUCGGUUAUGUCCCUAGCUGUUUCGUCCUGGCUACUUGUCGUGCUCGGAUCGGAUGGCUGGACUUCCGGAAGUUUUCGAUGCGAUGUCAUCUACCACGAAGAGAAGUGUAUGGUUUGUACUAUAAAUAGGAAGACAGAUUUGAUUGCCUAUCUUACAGCAAAUAUCGUUGUAAAUGUCUUUUAUCUCAUUAUUUCAUUUUCCCAUUGGAUUUUCAUUCGGAAAAGUAAAGAUCGAGCAUCAAGUUAUUACUUUGAAGAAAUGUGCGACACAGGAAGUGUGGCAUUGAAUAAGGCAAAGUGAAAUAGUCAACUACACUGUGUGUCAGUGUCUGUUUUAUCAAUAGCAUGCGUGUUUUAUAGCUUACCGUAUAUGAAUUAUGCUUUGUGCUGGUUUCGCCAGGUACCAACGACUGAAGUAUUGUCCUGAUAAACGAAUAAGCAUGGACACUAUUAAUCAUUAAUUGCAUUAUUUACAAGGAUUACAGCAAUAGUGAUUGUUGCAAAUAGGAACCUGCGUUUAAUAAAUCAUUUGAAAAAGCUUCACGCCCAACGUAGUAAACUAUUUUGUGCCAAAGACACAAAAACAGAAGCAACUAGGACACUUUAAAUAUAUAUUGAUAUUCGUAUUUGCAAAGUUUCGGUAUCACGCAACCACUCAAUGUCGAGUAGAUCAAUGACCAAAUUGAUUUCGUAGUUCAUGAACCUUUACAUAUGUACCAUGUCUUGCCGUAGUGGAUUGUGAAAUUUACUUCGUCAAAUGGAAUUUUGUAAGAAACGUAUUUUAAUUUAAGACAAAAAUCAUUUAGAUAUUUGUUCAAUCAAUAAUAUAAAUUUUCUUAUAAUGGAAAAUAAUUUUCAGUCAUUGUUCUGACAAUUGAUUUCGUACAAUAUUUAUCAUUUAUAUCAGGGGUGGCCAACCAGUCAGGGACCUAGAGCCGCAUUUCGUACUUUGAUACCGCGAAGAGCCACAUUAUAAACAAGAAUAGACAUGAACAUCAGAUAUAUAUACCUUUAUUCAGCUGUGCUGGAAUGCUGUUUUAAAUAUCACUAACCGAAAUGAUUAUUGCCAGAAAUUUAAAAGCCAUUUAUUAAUAUCAUGCAUGCUACUUAGUGGGACUUAUUAUAACGUAAUAAUGGAAUUUCAAUUGGUCUUCCUCAUAAAGAUCGAUCAUCUUCAACUCAGUUGCAGCCUCAUCUGAGACUAGAGGGAAACUAUUUAAAAUAAUUUAAUUGUGACGUAAUAAUGGAAGUUGCAUGGUAAAGUGAAUGAAGGCGUAUCUUCGACGUAAAAGAAAAAUGCACGAUGAAUCAUAAUGUUUAAUCGUAAAUGAUAAAUCGUAGUUUGCAAUUUAUUUUUUCCGUCAAUAACCAAAGGCGAAAAGAGCCACAUAAAAGCGGUUCAAGAGCCACAUGCGGCUCGCGAGUCGCGGAUUGGCCACUCCUGAUUUAUAUUAAUCGUUUUUUAAUCACAAUAAAGCGUUUCACACAAAUGAAAUUGCUUAUCAAUAUAAUAAUAAGUUAUGUAAAA